GACGAUGUUGCUCCCGCCUGUAUCUUGGUGUCAAAUGUCAUAGCAGGGAGGUCCAUAACAUAACAUCUCAAAAGUUGAAGCGCUCUGCCGAUCUUCAGAAAGUAAACUCUCAGUAUAAAAGUUCACAAGCUUGAAACGAAUGAAACAUGCACCACCCUGUCGCUGUACACCAACGGCUGCGGCGCAACGACUUGGACGCUAAAUGUUAAUAUUGCCCUCGGACUAUAGUGGUCCUGUUGUGGCAAGGCUUGAUUGCCUAUAAGUUGGAGACCCUGCAAAGACUCUGGAGCUGGCAAUGUGCCCAUCAGAUGCCUGGGACAAGCCGUCAUCUGCCGUUGGAGGACCGUCCCAUACUGCUCUAGGUUUCUCGCCCAUUGUUGCCAUUCUCCUCCAUCAUCCAGGCAGCCGAGCAGCUUUGACACGGCUCUGUUUGUUCGAAAUUGAGAAUAUCCAAAAGACCUGGCGCGGCCACUCCUCAAAUUUGGCAAGUCAGUCAUCAUGCCGUUGAGUCGAGUUUCCUCAUUCGUGCCAGUAUGCCUGCUAUUGGGCUUGCUCAUGGGCGUCUGCCACUCAUCACGGCCAGAGGCUCACCAACAUCAUGGACCACAUGGCGUGUGCCACUGGAGCCGGCCAGGCCAGAGUCUAUUUCAGCCCUGCUGCAGCGUCCAAUCUAACGAGGAUGGAUUGGUCUUGGAGGGUAUGGACGGCUUAGACUGGGAGGGCUCGGCAAAGGACAGAAGCAGUUCGGGACCCGCAAGGCCUGCAAACGCAAGCAAUACCAACGCCUGGGACACACCCUGGAGAGGCCCGCACGCAUGCGCCGGCGAAUUCUGCGUCUACUCGAACCCGGGGUUUGCUAACGGCCAUGGCAUGGUCUUUAUCGGAAAAGCCCGCAACGCCGAGAUCUUGGCCCGCGUUCUGAAAGCAAGCAGCGGCUCCGCCAGCGACAACACACUGGCGGAUCGAACGCUCUUUGAGCGAAAAGAGAUACCCGGAAAGGGAGUCGGGCUCGUUGCGCGCCGCCCAAUCAGCCGCGGACAGCUCAUCAUGGCGCAGCGGCCCGCCCUCGUCACAGACAUCAAGACGUUUGACAUUUCUGACGAUGACCAGACGCGCUUGUUUGACGCCGGCAUCGAGCAGCUGCCCAGCGAGACCGUCAUGGAGUUCUUGUCACAGGCUUCGCAGACAGAUUCGACCAAGCGAGGGGCCAAGAUUAGGGAUAUAGCAAACACAAACUCGUUCAACCUAAAUAUAGCGGGUGUUCCACAUGCGGGAACGUUCCUUGGCGUCUCUAGGCUUAACCACGACUGCCGGCCAAACCUGGCCUUCCACGUCGCAAAGUCGUUCGUCCACACCACCCACGCAACCCGGGACAUUGCGGCGGGCGAGGAGCUCACCAUCUCAUACGUCGACUCGUACAGCUCCCGCAAUGUCCGCCAGGAGCGCCUCAAGCGCAACUGGGGCUUCACCUGCACGUGCCCACACUGCAGCCUCUCCGAGGCCAUGGGCAAGCUGUCCGACAGCCGACUGUACGCCAUCUACCAGCUGGACAACAGCCUGCGCAACCUGACAUGGCGCGAGGACGGCCCCGCGCUGCCCAACUCGGUCGAGCUGAUGCUCAGCCUGAUCCGCCAGGAGAGGCUGGACUUUUCGCUGGCCGAGGCCUACCGGCUCGCCGCCGAGACGCACGGCUCGCUAGGCUCGAGGGAACUGGCGCUCAAAUAUGCCCAUUUGGCGCUCGAGGCGGGGGUUGUGGAGCAGGGUGCUGCGUCGCCACUCGUGGUCGAUAUGGAGGACUUUGUCAAGGAUCCUUCGUCGCAUUGGAGCUGGUUGAAAAGGGUGGAUGGUUCGGGUAACGAGAUGCACUGAUAUGUACAUGUGGUAUAGGACCUCGUGCCAUUGUUACUCAGUGCGGUGUAUUUUCCAACAAGGCGCGCUACAAAACGCUGGUGGAAGUCAUGCCAUGGCGCGAGAGAACUAGGGCCAAUGCUUGCCAGAAUCCCAUCUGUCCGAUAGGCCCACCGUCCAUCCCUGAAAAUUCCUGUCGCUUGCCG